AUGGGGACACCUUUCUGUGAAACUAACCCAGUUAAACGAUUACUCUCUACAAAAGAUCAAAAUUAUGGACCUUUUGCAUUCAAUGGUAAUCGUAUGCCUAAUACUUCACAUCAGGUGCCAUAUCAGGUACCAUAUAAUGGUAAUGGUUCCUCCCUACAGCAACAGACGUUCGAAAGAGAUCAAGUGUUUUUGAAUGAAAAUCCUCAGUUGCUACAGUUUUCUCCAUAUAGCAAUGGAAGUAACCAUAUGUCCCUUCCGGUCCACCAGAAUAACCGUACUGCAUUUAACGGUACCUCUAAUAAUAACGCUUGCAAUAGCAGUAAUGAUGCCGGGUCUGAUUGGGUACCAGAAUUCUCCUCCAUGCAAAUAAACGAUCCACUAGAGUUCAGCCAAGAAUACAAGAAAUUAUAUUCAAACUAUGAAUCUUCAAAAAUUCCUGGUAAAUCAACGAGUAACAGUAUUAAUAAUCAAUCUGCACAGUUUCAGCUCCGAAACAAAUCACAAUUACAUCCUCAGAUGGGAUCGUCAUCUCAACAAUACAAUAACAACAUGCAACAGCAACAGCACCAGCAACAGCACUCAAAUCAAAAUAUAGAUUCUUAUUUCGAUCUGGAAUUCAAAUCAGUAGAAGAAGAAUUAAGCAGACGCAACGAAGAUGACACACUGAUGACUGACCAGGAAAGGACUCCCAUGUUCGAUGAAGAACAAUCUGAAUUCCAAAAAAUAGCUAUGGAUAUCAUCGAUUCUUGUACAACGCCCUUGUCUACUGCCGAAUCUACUAAUGUGAAUUCUAAGUUACAAAGGUCAAAUUUUUUUGGUUUGAUGAGGUAA